UCAAUACUGUCGGGCCAUUGGAUUCUAUGGCGGAUUCAGCUAAUUUGUUCGAUACAUCAUACAUUUCAAAAAUGGCAUCGGAGUUCAAGUUGUUUGAGGAUGCAAAUAAAGAUUUUUUGACUUGCUCCAUCUGUAAGGACAUUUUCAAACAUCCGAAACAGCUGAAAUGCAUGCAUAACUUCUGCCAAGAUUGCCUGCAUCCUCUGCUGAAAGUGGGAACUCCAUGCAAGAUAAAAUGCCCACUCUGCCGCAAAGAAAUUGAACUGGCAGUAGAAACGGUUACUAAGCUAGAACAUAAUUAUUUUCUCAGUAACUUAUGUGAGUUAUUUCUCGUUGCUAACUUAAACACCGUAGUCGUCCUUUGCUCCUUUUGCUCAGAGACGUUAAACAAAGAAAAUGCGUCACGUUGCAUUGAUUGUUCUGACAACCUCUGCGAGAAAUGUGCAAAGGCACACACCAGGACCCGCUUCACAAGAAAUCAUCAAGUCAUAUUAAUUUCAGAGUUUGAGACGGGAAUCUUGUUGGAAAAAUCAAGAGAAGGAAACGCAAAGAUACUAUGCCAAAAACACCCAAACAACUAUUUAGAGUACUUCUGCCAAACCUGUCAAGUACCAGUCUGUCUUGGAUGCACUGUUGUAGAUCACAAUCAACGUGGUCAUCACCUCUUAAAUCUAAAAGACAAUCCCACAACAAAGAAAUUCAAAGAGCAGAUAACCCAGCAAAUCCACAAGUUGGAGGAAAUGAUGCCAUCUUUUGAAAAGAAUAUUGCUAUCGCAAAUGAAAGGGAGAUGUGUCUUACCGAAAGUCUUGAGGAAACCAAAAACGGUAUCCGAGAUACCGCAAAGUGUCUUAUUGAUGAAAUCGAGGCUCACACGAAGUCGUUAAUUGAGAAGGUCGAUAAAAGAGCUGAAGCGAUUCAGAAACGUAUCGAACAUCACAGAGAAGCUGCAGAAAUCCGACUCAAGAGUUCUGCUGGGAUCAAUCAGUUUGCUAAAAAUCUCAGUAGGCAUGGUCUAAAUGUCGAAAUAAUGUCAUCAGCUAAAGAUCUGCUGAGAAGAAUGAAAGAAUUACAGGAAGACAUGGAAGAUCUACAUGAGACUGGUGAACUACGAUUCAUUGAUCAACAUGAAUUCAAGUUUGGAAAAGUGGAAAAAUCUAAGAUCACAGUUACCACAAGGCAUGAGACUUUUGAAAGUAAGGAAUAUAAUUAUUUGGAAUAUUGCCUUGAAAAUGGUGCAAUAAGCGGACAGUACGUUAAAAGAGGUCCAAAUUGGCCAGAAGGCUAUGAUGUGUACGACCAUGCUGGACUGUAUACAGAUAAUACGGCGGGGUUAAUUCAACGAAAUGAGCAGAACGAUGUUGUUGUUCAUUUUCAGUCUGACCUAACACUUGAGUGCAAAAUGAAUCCCGGGGAAUACUGGUUACAGCCAGCUCACCUGCACGCAGGUGAUUUGCCGUUGAAAUGGCUGGAACGUUAUGUUAAAUACUAUAUGAAGGUUGGAGAUGAAGUGAAAAGGGGCUUGGACUGGCCAGCUGGAAAUAGCUCAUAUGACUCAGUCGAUGGUAUAGGGCAGAAGACGGGAAAGAUCACGAAAAUAAAUCGAACUCAGGGUAGAAAUGAAGUUACCGUGAGCUUUGGUCCACCUGUAACCAAUACAGUACAAUGUCCAAUGCAUACGGAUGUUGACAGAAUGAAUCGUAACUACGAAUAUUAUCUUUUGCCACUUCGAUCUAUUCCAUGUAUUACUGCUUCUGAUUGGGUUGAUUCAGUGGUGGCGCCGAAAAUUGUACAGAAGGUCCCAUUGCUCCAAGGUGUGGAAAGCAGAGGUUUCUGCAGUGGAAGGAGCCGAGAUUUCCGAGGUAGGGAAAGCCAAGAUUUCCGAGGUAGGGGAAUCCGACGUGUCCAAAGUUUGGGAAACCGAAUCAUUUCACAAGCUAGACGAGGCCAGAUUCACAAUGAUUUUCGCCGAGGCAGCACCCUUUACAAAGGGGGGGAGGAUUGGUAAAGCUCCCGAAACUCCAAUUGUGUUUUUCUCUGACGAAUGGGGGAAGCUCUCUCACUGAAGAGACCCCACUGGCGCAACCACUAGGUUGAAUUUUAAAAAUUUAAUAAGUAAAUUAACGUUGCUUCUAAUUAUCUUUUAUUCCUUUCUGUAGGGAGGCAGAUUUAGCCCCUCCCACCUAACAUUUUACCAACAUGAAUGCAUUUUUCUAUGACUAAAAUAAUAGCCGAGUAAGCUGGCCUAAAUUGAAAUUUUUAUUUAAGCCUAUAAAAAAUAUUAGUUUAUCAACCACACCAGCAUCGUGAGAGGACCAUACUCCCCUGGGUUUGUUGAUUCAAUCCAUCUGGAAUUUUCAGUAGCCUCCCCCACCCCCUCCAUAGAACGUUUUUUUCGUUAAAUUUUUAUUGGCAUUUUUUUUUUUGUUGUUCCUGUGUACAGUAAUGUUAUUUUAACCCAGUAGCCUCCAAUUCAAUCUCUAUUGCCAAAGGUUACUGUUGUCGAAUGUUCUUUAUUAAUGAAUGAAUAAUUUUAUAAUGAAUAAUGUUGUAUAUAGAAUUGUAAUUUUUAAAUGAUUUUGUAAUGAGUAAUUUUUAUAAUGAAUAAUU